GACGUCCAUCUAUCUAGGUAUAUACAUAGUAUAGCAAGGAUAAGGCAAUCCGGAAAAGAGAGACUGUGUGUGUGUGUGUGUGUUUAACUUCAACUGUGACUGUGACGCCAUCGUUAGUCAUUAUUUGUAACCAAAAAUGAGCAGUCACGAAGCUGAGAAAUCGCGCAAGAAAUCAAAUAUAUUUCAAAUACGCAUCGAUAGUGUCGAUGAUGAGAGUACUGCGCCCAUUACUGAGGCGAAUUCACGUGAGGAUCUAAUUGACAGCACAGCCCAGGAGGAGAGUGAACCAACCAGCGAGCAAUUAGUGUUUCAAUUUCCAAGAUUUCUAUCAGUGCCUGCACUAAGAAACUCACGUCAAAGUUCUGUUAUAGCAAAUCGGCGUGAGGUUGUAUCCAGUCCGGCGAAAAGUGAACGGAUGAUACGCCGAACUCAAGCUAAAAUUCGACCGCGUAGACUUAGUCAAGAUAGUGGCAUUGUGGCAGGACGUUUGGUAUCCUAUAACGACAACGGUAUGAAUGACUUAGAAUUGGUGGAACGUCCCAUUCAGAAUUCGGAUAAUAUAUACAACUACACGCAUUCCAUGCAAGACGACAAUGGCCUGACAAUUGCUCAGAAACCUUCAACUCCUGCACUUAAUCCUCUGCAUAAUCCCACCCCAAUACCUACUCCCUAUCUGCCAAAAGCCAGCGGCAGUCAUGCCAUGGAAGCCAACACAAGCGGCUCAAGUUCUUCGGCUUCGUAUACGGAGAAAUGGCUCAAUUCCUCGGUAAUGCGACCGAAUAAUUCAUCAUCAUAUUAUCACAAAUCGAACACAACUAUAACUAUGCCCCUACCCACUCAUCUGGAAUCGGAAUCGGCUGAACCAAGUCCCACCCAAGCCUUCGGACCGAAAAUCGUUGGCAAUCAUGAUGAAGAUAUACCCGGAACAGCGAUGCGGCGUAAUUUGGAAUUGAAUUUGAGUGCCAAUUUGGCAGCUCAUACCAAACCCACAUGCGAGGAUCAAAUGAAGGUACAUCAGGCAUAUGAAAUUGUCGAUUCCACACACUCGAAUAUUAUGAGCGAUCAGUUUGGAUAUAGGCAACUAGUGCCCACAGAGCGAAAGGCAUCCGAUACGGCUAGCAGUGUGAGUGGAAGUUAUUAUAGCAGCCGUAAGGCCAGCAAGAGCAAUAGCAUUGCCGGCGAGUCCGGGGAUGAGCGCCGUGUUAGCAAACAAGAUCGCGAAGGCCUUGAUCCGGAAUCACUUAUGUUUCGCGAUGGCAGGCGUAAGGUUGACAUGGUCUUGGCCUGGGAGGAGGAAGAUCUGGGUGUUAUGACCGAGGCCGAAGCCCGAAGACGCGAUCUUAGGCGGUGUUUCAUGGAGAAUCUAAUUAAAGAAGGUCUCGAAGUUGAGUUAGAGGAUAAGUCGCAAUCGUUCAAUGAGAAAACAUUUUUCCUUAAAAUUCAUUUACCAUGGCGCCUGGAAACCCGUUUGGCUGAAGUUAUGAAUCUUAAAUUACCCAUUAAAAGAUUUAUAACAAUUUCCGUAAAACCAUCAUGGGAUGAAGAGAAUGUGGUUAUGAGAAAUGUUCAAUACUGGCGGGAUGUCUGGCAGAGAUUGACGAAGAAAAUUCAAUUGGAUCAGAGUCUGCUUGAGGGUGAGACGACAUUUAAGGCGGCCACAGCGAAUGGCAAUCCAGAGGAGCAGUUCAUUGUGAAGGAUCGGGCAACGGCUUACACAAGCGCCCAACGUUCGCUGAUGGUCAUGCAGGUCCUUAUACGAACCCCAUACGAUGAAAGCGAUCGCAGUGGGAUAAGACGGCUGCUCAAUGAUGGCACCUACCUUGGUUGCUUUCCCCUGCACGAAGGUCGUUACGAUCGACCACAUUCCAGCGGUGUAUCAUUGGAUCGACGCGUUCUCUACCAGACGUGGGCCCAUCCAUCACAAUGGUAUAAGAAGCAACCUUUGUGCUUGGUUCGCAAAUAUUUCGGAGAUAAAAUAGCCUUGUAUUUCUGCUGGCUGGGCUUCUAUACCGAGAUGCUUGUAUAUCCAUCGGUUGUGGGUACACUUUGCUUCAUCUAUGGCCUGGCCACACUGGAAUCGGAGGAUAACACACCCAGCAAAGAAAUAUGCAAUGAAUCCGGAACUGGCAAUAUAACUCUCUGUCCCCUAUGCGAUAAGGCUUGCAGCUAUCAAAGGCUGUCGGAAUCAUGUCUCUUCUCACGUCUAACAUAUCUCUUUGAUAAUCCAUCAACAGUAUUCUUUGCAAUAUUCAUGUCAUUUUGGGCUACGACUUUUCUGGAGCUUUGGAAACGCAAACAAUCGGUGAUAGUUUGGGAAUGGGAUCUACAUAAUGUGGACAUGGAUGAAGAGAAUAGACCAGAAUUUGAAACGAAUGCAACCACAUUUCGCAUGAAUCCGGUUACGAGAGAGAAAGAGCCAUAUAUGUCCACCUGGAAUCGGGCCAUACGUUUUGUUAUUACUGGAAGUGCCGUGUUAUUUAUGAUAUCUGUUGUCUUAUCCGCCGUAUUGGGAACCAUUCUGUAUCGCAUAUCUCUGGUUUCGGUGAUUUAUGGCGGCGGAGGAUUCUUUGUGAAGGAGCAUGCCAAACUUUUUACCACCAUAACAGCUGCUCUUAUCAAUUUGGUUGUCAUCAUGAUACUCACUAGAAUCUAUCAUCGUAUGGCUAUAAAGCUGACCAAUUUGGAGAAUCCUCGUACCCAUACGGAAUACGAAGACUCCUAUACAUUCAAGAUAUUCUUUUUUGAAUUUAUGAAUUUUUAUUCAUCGCUUAUCUACAUAGCCUUCUUUAAGGGUCGUUUCUUUGACUACCCUGGCGAUGAUCAGGCCCGUCGCAGUGAGUUCUUUCGCCUCAAGAAUGAUAUAUGCGAUCCGGCGGGUUGUUUGUCAGAACUUUGUAUACAAUUGGCCAUCAUAAUGGUGGGUAAACAGUGUUGGAAUAAUUUCAUGGAAUAUUUGUUUCCCAAAUUUUGGAAUUGGUGGCGUCAACGAAAGCAUAAACAGGCCACCAAAGAUGAAUCUCAUUUGCAUAUGGCUUGGGAACAGGACUAUCAUAUGCAAGACCCAGGUCGUUUGGCUCUCUUUGAUGAAUACUUGGAAAUGAUUCUUCAAUAUGGAUUUGUCACUCUCUUUGUGGCCGCAUUUCCAUUGGCUCCAUUAUUUGCUCUACUCAACAAUGUGGCCGAAAUCCGUUUGGAUGCCUAUAAAAUGGUUACACAAGCGCGACGUCCUUUGGCGGAACGUGUUGAGGAUAUUGGUGCUUGGUAUGGCAUUCUAAGGAUUAUAACCUAUACGGCCGUAGUUUCCAAUGCCUUUGUGAUAGCCUACACAAGUGAUUUUAUACCACGAAUGGUCUAUAAGUUUGUCUACUCAGAAUCCCAUACUCUGGCUGGCUAUAUUGAGCAUUCAUUGUCGAUAUUUAAUACCUCCGAUUAUAAGGAAGAAUGGGGAGCUACAGUUAGCGAAAAGGAUCCAGAUACCUGUCAAUAUCGUGGCUAUAGAAAUGGCCCCAAAGAUUGGGAACCAUACGGAUUGAGUCCUCAUUAUUGGCAUGUCUUUGCUGCUCGUUUGGCUUUUGUUGUGGUAUUUGAGCAUGUUGUCUUUGUGAUAACGGGCAUUAUGCAGUUCAUUAUACCCGAUGUGCCCUCGGAGGUGAAGACGCAAAUGCAACGGGAACAGCUAUUGGCCAAGGAAGCGAAAUAUCAGCAUGGGAUUAAACGUGCCCAGGGUGAUAAUCAGGAUAUAAUGAGCUUGUUUCGCGAUGCCAGCAAUCGAACUUCUAUAGCCGGUAGUCAGGCCACAGCUCGUGGGAGUUGGGCACGUCGUUUCAGUCGACUCAGUGAUGGCUUAGAUGCCCAUGUCGAGGUAACCGCUCGUCCACGUCGCUCCGUUGAGUCAACUGUCUGGGAGGUCUCCUGACACGAGGAGGAGGCCGAAAGCGAAGCCCAUGAUAUUGAGCAACCAAAGAGAUGAGAAUGAAUCCACUCUCACUCCAUUAAUCAUACAUAUCUUAAAAUAAUCGCAUUCUAGAAUUCGUCCAGUGUUAAUUGUAAUUGUUAUUCAUUCAUUUUUUUUUUUCGUAUAUCUAUAAGUUAUUCCAAAGAGUUGUUUAUCGGAAACAUAUAUGUUUUUUGUAUAUGGCAAUUGGUUUAGGAAAAUCUUGUAUGGGCAAAG